CGCUUCCUACUGAUAUUUCAACUCGUUUAUGCGAAUCAAUUACACUCGUGAUUUCCAAUGGCGGGAGGGAAGAUGAAGAAAGAGAAGCAAAAGGGACCGAGAGUACCCUCCAAUCACUACCAAGGUGGUGUCACUUUCCACAAAUCUAAAGGCCAACACAUCCUCAAAAACCCUUUGUUGGUCGACUCUAUUGUCCAAAAAGCCGGCAUAAAAACCACCGACACCAUCCUCGAAAUCGGUCCCGGUACCGGAAACCUCACCAAGAAGCUUCUCGAAGCCGGUAAAAAUGUCAUCGCUGUCGAACUUGAUCCUCGUAUGGUUCUCGAACUUCAGCGCCGCUUCCAAGGCACUCCUUUCUCUCAUCGCUUAAAGGUUAUUCAAGGGGAUGUGCUGAAGACGGAUUUACCAUAUUUUGAUAUAUGUGUGGCGAAUAUUCCGUAUCAAAUAUCUUCUCCUCUUACGUUCAAGUUACUGUUUCAUCAGCCUGCUUUUAGGUGUGCUAUUAUUAUGUUUCAGAGAGAAUUCGCCAUGCGUCUUGUUGCUCAGCCAGGUGAUAAUCUUUACUGCCGACUUUCGGUUAAUACCCAAUUUUAUGCUCGGGUUUCCCAUCUCCUCAAAGUUGGAAAGAAUAACUUCAGGCCUCCUCCAAAGGUUGAUUCAUCCGUUGUAAGAAUCGAGCCAAGGAAACCUCGUCCAGAAGUGAAUCACAAAGAGUGGGAUGGGUUCAUAAGGAUUUGUUUCAUUAGGAAGAAUAAAACACUGGGUUCCAUUUUCAAGCAGAAGAAUGUACUGUCUGUUUUGGAGAAGAACUAUAAGACUUUGCAGGCGGUGCAAGGUUCACAAAAUGCUUCUUUGAGUGGGAAUGAUGAUAUGGGCAUAGCGAGAUUUGGGGAUCAGAGUAUGGAAGUGGAUGAUGGAAUGGAUGAUGAGAUGGAAGCUGAAUGCGAUGAAGUAGAAGGAGAAGUGUCUGAGUUUAAGAUUAAGGUUUUAAGUGUGUUGAAGGAAGGGAAUUUUGAGGAGCAGAGGGCGUCCAAGCUUUCACAGGAAAACUUUUUAACUUUACUCUCUAUGUUCAACAAGGCUGGUAUACACUUCACUUGAUGCAACUGUACUGAUUUUUCUUUCAAUUGUUUGACUUUGUGCUUCUUCCUCAGGUAAUAGGACCAUCCAGUUUUGUUUUGUUUUGUUUAUUAUCAGAGAAUCGAUUAACAGAUUCAUUAUUUUCGAGGACUUUCUUAUUCUGAUGUACUUAUUUUGUCUUCUAGAAAGUAUUAUUGAGCCAAGCUUUGCAUUACAUGCAUUCAUGCUCUGCUGUGUCGCUAUGUGACAGAUUUAUGUCAUGAAUAUCAGAAUUCAGUAGUAUUC